CAAUGGCGUCCUUGUAAGUGAGAGCGAAUGUAAGCCAAUCUAAAUUAUUGAUGUCACGAGAAAUUCAGCGGGAGCACAAGACAGAGUCUGAACUGCUAUUCUCGAUCUGAACUGCUAUUCUCGAUCUGCAGGAUUACAGAUACAGGACACCAAUAACGUGGAGUUGCUGAAAACGUUCCUCAAGCAUCUUUGCAUGGUUUUAGGCAGCUAAAAUCCUUAGGAGUGAGCGGACCUAACUAACUGUGUUCUGAUUGGUUCUGCAGAUCUACAUCUGGGAUUGUACGGCCAUCAUGGUCUCGUUGGUUACUACAGUGAUCGUGGUUGCACUAAUCUCGACGCUGACAACUGCAAGAGGGCAAGAAAGGCUUGGCUUCACUGCACGUCGAACUGGAGCCAAUAUGAUCAACUAUAUCCAAAAUGCUAAACAUAAUAGAAGACAUGAGAGAAUCAAUUUUGACGUGAAUAUGGAUGAUGAUGAUGAUGAUUACAGAACAUUAGCUGGGCCUGAAUGUAAUGCAAUUGAUUGUGAACAUGAUCAUAUUGAAUAUAAGGAUCCUGAGAUGGAUAUAACUGGGCAUGGUGGUGUACCAGCACAUGUUGAGAUGAACAAAAUGAAAUGUGAUGGUGAAUGCAAAGAUAUUCCAUUGGAUAACGAAGCUUCUGAUGGUCCUACAUCUAGAGGAGAUCCUGUGGUCACCACACAUCUGGGUCAAGUUCGUGGCCUGACUUUGGAUGACGCUCAAGUGUUUUAUGGGAUUCCGUAUGCAAAACCUCCAGUAGGGGCCAAACGCUGGGCUCCACCUACUCCCGUUUCACCUUGGUCGUACACGUAUGAUGCCACAUUUCCCCGUCCCGCAUGUAUGCAGAAGUGUGCCGGAGAGUUCUCUCAGCUGUGUCCUCCAAAGGUGAGUGAGGACUGCCUAUAUCUCAACGUGUUUGUUCCUGUGAGUGUCAACCUGCCGUUGCCAAUAGUAACAGCACUGCCAGUGAUGGUGUGGAUUCAUGGUGGUGACUUCAUCGCUGGCUCCGCCUCUAAACCUCUGUAUGAUGGACGCUUCAUCAGUAACUAUAGCAACACAGUGGUUGUAAACAUAGAGUAUCGUCUAGGUGCAUUUGGGUUCUUAGUCACGGGGCAAGAUCCUGAGAGCUCUGCAGUUGGUAAUUAUGGGAUUCUUGACCAGCAGGCAGCCUUGCGCUGGGUCCAGGAAAACAUUAAUGCCUUUGGAGGAGACCCAAAUAAGGUGAGUCUGUUUGGAGAGAGUGCUGGAGCCCAAUCAGUGUGUCUUCAUCUGAUGAUGCAAAGCAGUGAGUCGUUGUUCAGACAUGCAGCAAUACAGAGUUUACCAUUCUCUAUACCACUGAAAACCAGGUGGGAUGCUAUGAAUCUGGGUUGGGAUUUUGCUAAACUAACCAAUUGCUCAGCAUUUGAUCUGGCCUGUCUGCGUUCCCUCAGUGCACACGAUGUGCUUAAUGCCCAGGUUAAAUCAGGUUCUAAGAUCAUCAACCCAUUCCGUUUCCUGGAGGCGUUUGAGACCUGGGGGCCAUUCAUUGACGGAGAGCUGAUCCAAGAACAGGCAAUCAGAGCCUUCCGAAAAGGCCACUGGCAGAGUUACAAGCCCAUUAUCCUAGGUACAACUUCGGAGGAAGGUGUCAUUUUUGUGUAUGGGGUUUUCAACCAGUCCGUAUCAAUGUUGGAAUGUGUUGUCUACACCGCUGCCAUUUUUAAGCAGCAUGCACUCCGAAUUCUGCAGAAAUACAUGCCUUUCUACCGAAACCAGGACAGGCGGGUCAUGCUUUCACAGAUCGUGACUGAUUACGUGUUUCUGUGCCCGACUCGAUGGUCUGCCCGCUCUGGAGUGAGUAUCGGUGGUUCUGUUUGGAUGUACGUAUUCGACCACGCUCCAUCCGAUCACAACAUAUGGGCGGGGAUACCUUUCUGUUAUAAUCGCACCUGCCACGGGGCGGAGCUUCCCUUUCUUUUUGACUCCGCCCCCAGUACUAACUUCACACUUACACCUCAAGAGACCCUGCUGGCCAAUCGGAUGGCGUGUUACUGGGGAGCAUUCGCACACACAGGGGACCCAAAUUCACGGAGUGAACAGACAACCUUCUGCAGAGAGCAGAGACUCCCUGUUUGGCCACGGUACACGCCCACAGAGGGCUGGCCCCUCCUGAAUCUGACUCUACAGACACACCCACAACAGGGGAACAGGGACCAUUUCUGUGACUUCUGGGACCGUCUGGAUAUCUAUUGAGGAGUGGAGAUCAAUGAAAACAUCUUUAUAUCUUAUUUCUAACAACUUGGAUAGAUGUUUGCCAUUCCACGUUCUAAUCAAUAUAUAUAGGGGAGAAGGGGCUAGUUGUCAGAGGGGGCUAUUUCUCAGUAACAGUAAGAUUUGGAGUUAAAAGUCUGAUUGUUCAUUCAAAAGGUUAUGUUGGUUUUAACUAAAUCCCUCAAAUAUAUAAUUCAAAUUGAAUUAUUUUUGUGAAUUCUACCCUCCAAAGUACAUUUUCACUAUCAUCAAUUUUUUGUUAUAGUUAUAGGUCGUGGGUACAUAAGCAAACCUAGUCAAAUCACACUGAAUCGACAACACUAUGAAGGCAGAUUUUUACUGAUAGGGUUAAAUGUGUUGGGGCAUGUUGACAAAAAUGUAAUAAUUUUAUACAUCUAUUACAAUAUUUGUUCCCGUCAACCCACAAUGAUGCUACUCAUAUAAUGGCAUGUUUUCUAGUGACAACUUACCCCAUAUAAUUUGACAACAUGCCCCCAUUGUUGACAUGUGUUCAUUGAACUGAAACUUUUUUUCUGGGUGAGAACAGUGAAAAUGUUCAAUAGCUUUUUUGUAGCCAAAACUUCAAUGUGGCUAUACAGAAAUUGACUUUGAGCUAUACACCCACCCUGAGAAAUAUUCACUGGAGUACAGUGACAACUAGCCCCGGUCUCCCCUAUAAUCAGUGACAGGCCUGUAUAUUAACAUGCUAUUAUUUUUCUGUAAAUCGCACUGCCUUUAAUGACUACUGUUGCAACUAAACACACCGGCUUUAAAAAAAACAUCCUUACUCUAAAAGUAUUAUUUUAGUUUUUUUUAUUAUUUUGAAAACAAACAAACAAACAACUAUUGUUUGUCCGACAUCAGACAACAACAUUGGUGUUGUCUAACAACAAUGACACUGAUUAAACAACACUUUUUUUUUUAAAAAAAGCAAUUAUGUAUUUCAAUGUUUUGACAAUUGUAAAAAAAAAAAUCACUCUUAAAAAUCUGCCCAAAAUACACUUUAUUAUAUUCAAUAUUUAAAUGAACUCAAUAUUCUAUACA